AUGAAGGCUCAGUUCUAUCCUCCUCCUGCUGAUGUGAUCGAGGGGACAGUAUCAUACUUCCUCAAAGAGAAUGAAGAGCAGAGCUUGACUGAGCUGUUCGAACAAAACCAGCUGACUGAGGGCAUUUUGUUUGGAUUCUUACAACCUGACAACAUGGUCGAUGAUUUGGUUUCGAUGGUGGGGAACUUGUUUCUCCCCCAGGUACGCGGAAAGAAUCCCUGGCCGAUCGCCAUCAACAAGGACAUCAUCGGCAGUCUUGAGAGUUUCAUGGGGAACAUGACGGAUAUCGCCAACCUUGUUGCUGGUAAAACCAUCUUGUAUGUCCCACAGGACGACCUUGAGAACAUCGCCUGGUGCGCCAAAGACAAGGACCUCGUUCAGCGGCUGGAAAGCUGUGUGAUUCAUUGGACGAGGCAGAUUAAGGGAGUCGUGGCAAGCGGGCUGGGGUAUGAGAACAUCGAGGAUGCCAGCCCGCUGGCAGAGAUCGAGUUCUGGCGAUCUCGAUCGCUGGACUUGUCGGGCAUCGAAGAGCAGUUGAAGUCUCGACGCCUGCGGAAAGUGUUGGAUGUGCUGCAACACGCCAAGUCUUCUUACCUGACGCCUUUCCUGAACUUAACGGAAGUGAUCGAGGCAAAGACGGAGGAGGCGAGGGACAAUCACAAGAUGCUCUCCCCCCUGCUGCAGCCCUGCACGCAGCUGACCAAGAGCUCGUUGAAGGAGAUCCCGCAGCUUCUGACGGAGAUCAUGUGUCUGAUUCGAGCUAUCUGGACCAACUCGGUCUACCUCAAGACAGCUGAGAACAUCACCGGCCUCCUCCGUAAGGUCUCCAACUCCAUCAUCUCAAGGUGCCGGGCAGAGAUCUCGAUCGAGGAGGUGAUGUCCGGGGACAUCGAGAAGAGCGUUAAGGUUCUCAAGGAGAGCAUGAACUGCGGGGACGUCUGGAAGAGUCUCUACUACACGCACUGCAGCGCCAGGCUCUCUUCGUCUCAGCCCUCGUCCUGGGACUUCGAUGAGAGUCGAAUCUUCGCGCAGAUCGACGCCUUCAUGCAGCGUUGCCGCGACCUGCUGGAGGUCUGCGAAUGGAGGAGCCAGUUCUCUUUCUCCCUGGCUAGCGACGAGUUGCUGCCUCCCGCCUUCGGAGGGACUAGGGCCAAGGAGAUUUUCACCAGACUGAAGAAAAUUCGUGAUGACUUUGCGGGCUACAUGGAGGCGCUUCAGAGACUCAAGUACGACCCGCUCGACGUGAAGGCUCCAGGAUGGCAUGAUGACUACAGUCGACUGAAGCUCCAGGUCAAGGACCUGGAGAUUGUAUUGCAAAACGUCAUCGUCUCUGCCUUCGAGACCAUCACAGAUUGCUGGGCCGCAUUCGACCUGCAAGAGGCCUUCCAGAAUCUGUCGAAGAGGGAGAGUGUGAAGCGAGUAGCCGACAAGAAGACUGUCGACUCGAUCACCAUCUUCGCCGAGGAUCUCAACUGGGUAAGAAAGGAGUUCGAUCGCAACAGGAAGAGCCCUCCUCUCGGCCCUUCCAUGCCCUCCUAUGCCGGCAGCGCCUUGUGGGCGAAGUCACUGCUGCAACGAAUCUCCCUGCAGCAUUCGCUCCUUGCCACCUCCUACCACGUGGUGAGCACGCGGGAGUUCCAGGAGGUGAACGGCCAGCUGCAGCUUGUGGAGAACGCGAUGAAGGACUACAUGAACAAGGUCUACAACGACUGGCAGGAGCACCUGCAAGACGUGUUCCGAGGGGCCAACCAGAACGGGAUGGACGCUUUCCUUAUCGUGAGGAGGCAGGAGACGAUGCUGCUUGAAGUGAAUUUCUCCCCGGAGCUCAUCAAGCUGUACAGGGAGGUGGACGUGUGGGAGCGGGUCGGUUUCAGCAUCCCCUUCAUAGCGAUGGAGAAUGCCAAGGACAAAGACAGGAUCAACGUCAUUCGCUUCCACGUGCGGGGAGUUGUCAGAGACUACAAUAAGAUAAUCUCCUCCCUCGCUUCCUGGGAGCGCAAACUCUUCUCGGAGAAGAUCAAGUCGCUGGACCGUAAGAUCAGCCCUGCUAUCAGCAAGAUGACGUGGCAGACCAAGGGCAUCGUCGACUUCUUCUGCAAGGACACCAAGAAGCACUGCCAGAUGGUCCAGCAGCUCGUGGACGAUUUCAAGGUCCUCAAGGAUAGCAUCUUCAAGGACUGCGCCGAGCUCGGCAACCUCAGCAUGAUCGCGAUCGAGUCGAAGAGGCUCUACAGCGCCGACGACUUCUCAAGGGCCCAGGCGAGUCACCGCAAGGUGAUCAUGGCCAAGGUCGAGUCGCUGCAUGCCAACGUCAAGAGCACGUUGAAGAGAGUCUUCGCAAUGUUCAUCUACGACGGAGCUGAGAGCUCGCGCGAGUGGGAGCGAUUCAUCUCCCGCAUCGACUCCAUGGUGCAGGAGUCGCUGACGUCUGCCGUCCGCCGGUCCCUCCAGGACCUCGCCCGUGCCAUCAACGGGGACAAGAAGACCGAGCCGCAGCAGCUGUUCCGCAUCCGCGUCGUGCUCGACUCCUCCUCCAAGGUUGCGUUCUCUCCCUCGCUCUCGGACCUCACUCAGAUGAUCAACUCCUGCUCCAAGGACCUCAUCUCCAUGCUCGACGUCAUUCCCCGCCUCCACCGCCUCGUCGAGGCUGAAGUCCGCAAGGAGCUGGCGGACAGUGGGGGGAGGCAGGAGGAUCGCACGCAGGAGAGCAUAGCGACCUGCAUCGCCAAUGAGGAUGAGAUUCUCAAGGUGAUGGUCGCCAUUAUGAGCGGGAUCUCCUCCAACGUGGGCAAGAUGCAGAAGCAGCUGACGUACUGGGAGAAGUUCAACCACAUCUGGGAGUACGACAAGGACGCUUUCUUCCGCAGAUACGCCAAGAGCAACCGACCGCUCUCAGCCUUCGAGGAGGACAUCAUGAGGUACCGCGAGUAUCAGAAGGAAGUGUUCUCCGAAGAGUCCACGUCUGUCCUCGGCUUCGUCUGCAUCGACUGCACGACCCUCAAGCAGGAGAUCAUCAACCACUGCGUCGACUGGCAGAGAAAGUUCUCUGCCCUGCUCAACGAAAUGGCCCUCAAGGAUCUUGACGCGCUCCUCGACUCCUUCGCCGCAGCCACUUCGAGCCUCGAGGUCGUCCCCUCCUCGCUCAACGAGCUUUCCAAGUCAGUGGGGCUGCUCAAGAAGCAGCAAGCAGACCUGCCGACCAUCGAAGCUCUGUUCGAGCCCAUCUAUGCCAAGUACAAGCUGCUGGAGAAGUUUGAGGUGACGGUGGAGGAGCAGGAGCUUGAGAAGCUGGCGUCGCUGCAGGGCAGGUUCGAGGCCUUCCAGGACUUCCUGAAGCAGACGGAGAGGACGCUGUCAGGCUGCAAGAGGAACAUGAAGUCUGACCUAGAGAAAGCCGCCCACUCCUUCGAGGCUGAGGCUCAGGCCAUGCACGCGACCUUCGAUAGCAAGGCGCCGACGUCGUCGGUCAAGCACAAGGCCGCACAGGCGCUGGAAGAGCUACAGCAUCUCAAGGAACGGUACGAGAAGAAUCUGAGCACGCAGACGCAGCUGAGGGAGGAGAUGUCGAUCUUCGAGCUCCCGCUCCCCGAGAACGAGCACCUCCACAAGAUAGGAGGGCAGCUCGUGCUGCUCACCGACCUGUGGACCAUGUUCGGAGAGUGGGAGCAGAUCUGGGAGGGGUACAAGUACGGCAAGUUCAAGGACCUCAACACGCAGCAUAUGGAGGACACGGCGAGUCGGUUCAUGAAGAAGGUAAUGACCAAGAGGAAGGAGGCUGGUCACCUGCCGCUCUGGUCGGAGCUGAAGGGGCUGGUGGAGAAGUUCAGGCUAACGAUGCCGCUCAUCUCCGAUCUCAGGAAUUCAGCGCUGAGGGAGAGGCACUGGAUCGAGCUCAUGGAGCGGGUGGGGACGACGUUCGACUACCAGGGAGACAGCUUCACGCUAGAGCGAGUCAUCGACCUUGGGCUCGACCAGCACGCUGAUUUCAUUUCCUCGACCUCCGCGUCCGCGUCGAAAGAGCUGAUGGUGGAAGACUCGAUCAUCAAUAUUCGGGCGACGUGGGACAGUCUCAAGCUCGAGACCAUCGCCUACCGCGAUCGCGGUCACUUCCGCAUCAAGACCGUCGAGGACCUGUAUGCUGCCCUCGACGACAACGCCGUGACUCUUUCGACGCUCAAGGGGACAAGGUUUGCGCAGCCGUUCAUGGAGGACAUCGUGUCGUGGGAGAAGAAGCUGAGCAUGGUGUCAGAGGUGCUGGAGGCGGCGCAGGCGGUGCAGAAGCAGUGGAUGUACCUGGAGAACAUUUUCGCCGGGUCUGAGGACAUCCGGCGGCAGCUCCCGGCCGAGUCCACCAUGUUCGAGACGGUGGACAAGAGCUGGAUGUACGUGAUGAAGAGGAUGCGGGAUCACUCGACGGCGCUGGAUGCAUGCCUCGAGGAUGGGAUCCUGCCGCGCCUCUCGGAGAUGAACGGGACGCUGGAGAAGAUCCAGAAGUCGCUGGACGCGUACCUGGAGACGAAGAGAGUCGCCUUCCCCCGCUUCUACUUCGUCUCCUCUGACGACCUCCUCGAGAUCCUGGGUCAGGCUCGGGACCCUCAGGCGGUUCAGCCGCACCUCAAGAAGUGCUUCGACGCGAUCAAGAGCCUCAAGAUGGAGGUCAACAGGAAGCAGACGGAGGCUGUGGGCAUGAACUCACCGGAGGGAGAGUACGUUCCCUUCCAGAGCCGCGUCCUCACCGAGGGGGCGGUGGAGAUCUGGAUGCUGUCGGUGGAGGGGGCGAUGCGGCUUACCCUGAGGAAGCUCCUGCUGCAGACCCUGACAGCGAUGAAGGGAACAAAGAAGGAGAAGUGGGUGACUGACUGGCCCGGGCAGCUGCUCAUCACCGCUGGGCAGAUCGUGUGGACGACUGAGUGCGAGAAGGGGUUCACGGAGGUGGAGAAGGGGAACAAGCUGGGGAUGAAGGUGGUGAAGAAGAAGUGGAUCCAGCUGCUGAACAAGUACUCGGACAUGGUGCGGGGAGGGAUCAACAAGGCCGACAGAGCCAAGGUGGUGGCCAUCAUCACCAUCGAGGUGCAUGCGAGGGACGUGAUCGACCGCCUGCUCAAGCUCGGCUGCUCCUCCAAGAACGAGUUCGACUGGAUCAGCCAGCUGAGGUUCUCCUGGGAGAAGGACGUGGACAACUGCCUGGUCUAUCAGAUCAGCGCCAGGUUCGACUACGGCUGCGAGUACCUCGGCAACUGCGGCAGGCUCGUCAUCACCCCCCUAACCGAUCGCGCCUAUAUGACCCUCACCACCGCCCUCCACCUCAAGAGAGGGGGUAACCCGCAGGGCCCGGCCGGUACGGGGAAGACUGAGACGGUGAAGGACCUCGGGAAGGCCAUCGCCAAGUACGUGAUUGUCUUCAACUGCUCCGACGGGCUCGACUACAAGUCCAUGGGCCGCAUGUUCUCCGGACUGGCGCAGACGGGAGCGUGGUCGUGCUUCGACGAGUUCAACCGCAUCGACAUCGAAGUUCUCUCUGUGGUGGCCCAGCAGAUCCUCUCCAUCCUCCGCUCCAUCACCAUGGGGCUGACGGAGUUCUACUUCGAGGGGAGCCUUAUCAAGCUCGACAGCACCUGCGGCAUCUUCGUGACCAUGAACCCUGGCUAUGCGGGGAGGACGGAGCUCCCUGACAAUCUCAAGGCGAUCCUGCGACCGAUCUCGAUGAUGGUUCCGGACAUGGCGCUGAUCGCGGAGGUGAUGUUCUUCUCCGAGGGCUUCAUGACUGCGAAAGUUCUGUCGAGGAGGCUGACGGGGCUGUUUGAGCUCAUGAAGCAGCAGAUGUCCAAGCAGGAUCACUACGACUACGGCCUGCGCAACACCAAGAGCAUCCUCGUGGCCGCGGGAGCCAUGAAGCGCAACGACCCCAACAUGGCUGAAGACGUCCUGCUCUACCGCACCAUCCGGGACAUGCAGCUGCCGAAGCUCAUCGCGGAGGACGUGCCUCUCUUCAACGCCCUCAACGCUGACUUCUUCCCCGGGCUCGAGAUCCCCCCGACCGACUACGGCACCUUCCAGAAGGCCAUCGAGACGGCGCUGAUAGACAAGCAGCUGCAGCCGGAGCCCAUCAUCGUCCUCAAGACCAUCCAGAUCUACGAGGUCAAGCUCACUCGCCAUGGUAACAUGAUGGUCGGACAGAGCUGCAGCGGCAAGUCGACAGCCUGGUCUGCUCUCCAGGACGCGCACAACGCCCUCAAGGCAGCGCAGGCCGCAGGCUUCGAGAGGGUCAAGACCUUCAUCAUCAACCCGAAGUCGCUCUCCGACGCCGAGCUCUACGGCCAGUACGACCUCUCCACCGGCGAGUGGCUCGACGGCGUCCUCUCACGCUGCAUGCGAGACGCCUGCUCGGACGAGUCUCCCGUGCUCAAGUGGCUGGUGCUCGACGGACCUGUUGAUACUCUCUGGAUCGAGUCGAUGAAUACGGUUCUAGACGACAACAAGCUGCUGACUCUCGUCUCCGGGGAGCGAAUAUCAAUGCCUCCUCAGGUCUCCCUUCUCUUCGAAGUGCAGGACCUUGCCGUAGCCUCCCCUGCUACGGUCUCUCGGGCCGGCAUGGUCUACUUCGACCCCGCUGACUUCGGUUGGCGUCCCUUCGUCGCCUCCUGGCUGCAGAAGUUUCCACUAAAGGCGCACGUGCCGCAGCUGAAAGAUCUUUUCACCCUCUACGUUGACCCGCUGUUUCAGCUCCACCGCAAGGAGCUCCGCGAGCCUGUUCCCACCAUCCAGAUGAACCUCGUCCGCAGCCUUUGCAACCUGCUGGACUCUGUGGCAAACGACGAGUGCGGCAUCGGGGAGCAGGCGAGCGAGGAGGCGGCAAAGCUGCUGGGCAUGUGGUUUGCCUUCAGCGUCGUGUGGUCGAUCGGGGCGACGAUCGACGAGGACAGCAGGAAGAAGUUCGACAUGGCGGUGCGAGAGCUGGACUCGACCUUCCCCCCUCAGGCGACAGUCUUCGACUGGCUCGUGGACGGCAAGAAGGCUGAGUGGGUGGCAUGGCAUGACAAGAUCCCCUCGGGCUGGAAGGCAGCAAACGACCUUCCCUUCCACAAGAUCCUCGUCCCCACCGUCGACACCAUCCGCUUCUCCUUUGUCGCCAACCAGCUCAUGGCGGCGAACAAGAACGUGCUGGUGGUUGGCGACUCGGGUGUCGGGAAGACGGUGAUCAUGCAGGAGAGCAUAACGAAGCUCUCCGGUUUCCUUCUCUCUCAGAUCAACUUCUCCGCCCAGACUUCCUCGCAGCGCCUUCAGUUCAUCAUCGAGGGGCGAGUGGAGAAGAGGAUGAAGGACGUGUUCGGCCCCCCGGGAGGGAAGAAGAUGGUCCUCCUCAUCGACGACCUCAACAUGCCUGCUAAGGAUACCUUCGGCUCCCAGCCCCCUCUCGAGCUCCUCCGUCACUGGCUCGACUACGGCUUCUGGUACGACCGGCAGAAGCAGAACAUCAAGUACAUCAAGGACAUCCAGCUGCUCCAGCUCAUGGCCUACCCCGGAGGCGGCCGAUCCGUCAUCACUAUGCGCCUCCAGAGCCGCUCCAACCUCCUCAACGUCACGUUCCCAGCUCAAGCCCAGCUGAAGCGAAUCUUCUCUCUGCCCUUGGCGAGCAAGCUGAUGGACUUUGAGGACGAGGUGAAGGGCCUCUGCGACCCCAUCACUACCGCCACCAUCGACAUCUAUACGUCAGUGUGCAAGGAGCUCCUGCCGACCCCCAGCAAGGCUCACUACCUCUUCAACCUCCGAGAUCUGUGUAAGGUGCUCCAGGGGCUCCUGCGAGCCGUCCCACGCGUCUACGACAACAAGACGGCGAUGACGAAGCUCUGGAUCCACGAGUGCUUUCGCGUCUUCUCGGACCGUCUGAUCGACGACAAGGACCGCCAGUGGUUCUCGUCGCUGAUGGAGUCAAAGCUGAGCGACAGCCCCUUCUCCUCCUCGCUUAGCUCCAUGUUCGACGGCAACGGCCUCUCCUGCUACGGGGAGUUCAUGUCCGACGAGUCCGCCAGGGUGUACGAGGAGUUUCCAACCUUCUCUACGCUGAAGCAGUUCCUGGAGGGGCGGCUGGAGGAGUACAACUACGAGCCUGGCUUCGUCGCCAUGCAGCUGGUUCUCUUCAGGGACGCGAUCGAGCAUGUCUGUCGGGUGUCCAGGAUCAUCAGCACGCCCAGAGGCAACGUGCUGCUGAUCGGAGUCGGAGGGAGCGGGAGGCAGUCGCUGUCCAGGCUCGCGACCUUCGUGUCGGGCUUCAAGAUCUUCACCAUCGAGAUCACCAAGACGUACAGGAAGGUGGAGUUCCACGAGGACCUCAAGAAGCUGUACGUGCAGGCAGGGGUGGAGAGGAAGAGGACGGUCUUUCUCUUCACGGACACGCAGAUCGUGGAGGAGUCGUUCCUCGAGGACGUCAACGGGAUCUUGUCCUCCGGGGAGGUCCCCAACUUGUAUUCCCCCGACGAGAUGAGCGAGAUCAGGGAAGGGAUCAAGGCGGCGGCCAAGGCAGCAGCAGUGGAGGAGAACAACGACGCGCUGUACAAGUUCUUCAUCGAGCAAGCUCGCAACCACAUGAACCUGAUCCUCUGCUUCUCUCCCAUCGGAGACUCCUUCCGCAACCGCUGCAGGAUGUUCCCCGCCCUCGUCAACUGCACCUCCAUCGACUGGUUCGCCGAGUGGCCCAUCGACGCGCUGUCGGAAGUCGCGCUGAAGCUGACGGAGGAGACGAACCUCGGAGCAGAGGAGGUGAAGGCUGCCGUUACGAAGGUCAUGGCCACCGCCCACGCGUCUGUCUCCAGCGUGUCCAAGAGGAUGUACCAGGAGCUGAAGCGCGUCAACUACGUCACCCCCACCAACUACCUCGAGCUCGUGACCGGGUACCUCUCCCUCCUCUCCGAGCGCCGCAAGAAGCUCGAGGACAGAGUGAACAAGUACGUCGGAGGUGUGGAGAAGAUCGAAGAGGCGAAGAAGGAGGUGGAAGAAAUGUCGAAGGUGCUGGUGGUGAAGAAAGCAGAGGUAGCCAAGGCGUCCAAGGAGACGGAGGAGCUCCUGGUGGUCAUCGUCAAGGAGAAGGCAGUGGCGGACGAGCAGGAGAAGGAGGUGUCGGCCGAGGCAGAGAAGAUAGGGAAGGAGGAGGCAGAGACGAAGGCGAUCGCCGAUCAAGCUCAGGCGGACCUGGACAAGGCGAUCCCAGCCUUGGAGGCAGCGGCAGCAGCGCUGAACUCCUUGAAUAAGAACGACAUCAAUGAGAUCAAGGCGUACGCAAAACCUCCUCCUGCUGUCGAGAUGGUCCUCGCCGCCGUUCUCAUCCUCCGCAAGGCUCCCUCGAUCGACUGGGCGGAGGCUAAGAAGCAUCUGUCAGACCUUCGCUUCCUCGAGCAGCUCGUGGGCUACGACAAGGACAACAUGUCCGACGCGCUCCUCAAGAAGGUCGACAAGUACGUGACCAACCCGGACUUCGACCCCGACAAGGUCGCCAAGGUCUCGCUGGCUGCCGGCGGCCUCUGCAAGUGGGUGCGAGCCAUGUCGCUGUACGGGGCCGUGUCAAAGUCCGUGGCCCCCAAGAAGGAGAAGCUUCGGCAGGCGAUGAUGUCGCUCGAGAAGAAGCAGGCGGCUCUCAGGAAGGCGCAGGCGGCACUGAUGGAGGUGGUGGAGAAGGUGCAAGGGCUGCAGUCGCAGUAUGACAACAGCAUCUCCACCAAGGAGCGGCUGGCAAAGGAGUCGGCGAGCCUUGAACUGAAGCUCGAGCGAGCAGACCAGCUGGUGAACGGCCUGUCGGGCGAGAGGUACCGAUGGGAGAGCAGCCUUGACAACUUGCACAAGGACAUCGCCAACUCCGUGGGCGACUGCGUCAUCGCUGCAGCCUUCCUCUCCUAUGCUGGGCCCUUCAACUCGGACUACCGAGGGAUCCUCGUGAAGGAGACCUGGAUUCCGAUGGUAGAAAAGCUCUCCAUCCCCCUGUCCAAGGGCUUCGACUUCGCUCUCUUCCUCGCUGAGCCGACGGACGUCAGGGAGUGGAACCUGAAGGGGCUGCCCAGCGACGCGUUCUCUAUCGAGAACGGCGUGCUGGUGACGCGAGGACGGCGGUGGCCGCUCAUGGUGGACCCUCAGGCGCAGGCGAACAAGUGGAUCAAGAACCUCGAGGCUGAGCGGAGCCUCAGGGUCGUCGACCUCAAGCUCGGCGACUGGAUGAGGACCAUGGAGAACGCUAUCCAGUUCGGCAGCUCCAUCCUCAUCCAAGACCUCGGCGAAGAGCUCGACCCCGCGCUCGAGCCCGUUCUGUCCAAGGCCAUCACCAAGCAAGGGAACCGCCUCAUCCUCCGGCUGGGAGACAAGGAGCUCGACUACAACCUCGACUUCAAGCUCUUCCUCACCACAAAGCUGAGCAACCCGCACUAUCCCCCGGAGGUCUCCACCAAGACUACCAUUGUCAACUUCGCGAUCAAGCGGGAGGGGCUGGAGGACCAGCUGCUGGCGAUCCUCGUUAAGAAGGAGAGGCCGGACCUCGAGGAGAAGAACCAGGAGCUCGUCGUGCAGGUGGCCAAGGGGAAGAACAAGCUCGCGGAGCUGGAGGACAAGAUCCUCUACCUGCUGGCGACAGCAACCGGCUCCUUGCUCGACGAUGACGCGUUAGUCAACACGCUACAAUCGUCCAAGACCAUCUCCAACGACGUUUCCGAGCAGCUGAAAAUCGCUGAGGAGACGAAAGUCACAAUCGACCUGGCCCGUGAGAACUACAGGCCGUCAGCCUUUCGAUCUUCCAUCUUGUACUUCGUUCUCAACGACCUCGGACUGGUCGACCCCAUGUAUCAGUUCUCCCUUGACUCCUACAUCACCCUCUUCCUCCAGUCCAUCUCCCGCAGCGUCAAGAGCGACAAGAUCGAAGAUCGGCUCAAGAACCUCAACGAGUAUCACACGUAUGCGGUGUAUCAGAACGCCUGCCGCGGUCUCUUCGAGCGCCACAAGCUUCUCUUCUCCCUCCACAUGUGCUCGAGGAUCCUGGAGGGGAGCAACAAGCUCGACAAGGACGAGUACACCUUCAUCCUCCGAGGAGGGCAGGUCCUCCAGAAGGAGCUUCAGCCGCAGAAUCCUUCCCCCGAGUGGAUUUCCGAGACUUCCUGGGACAACCUCACUGAGCUGGCGAACCUCCCGGCCUUCCGCGAGAUCGACUCGUCCUUCCAGCAGCUCAACAGCGACUGGCGGGACUGGUUCAUGGCUGGCAUGCCGGAGAGCAGCCCGUUGCCGGGAGACUGGCAGAGCAACCUCAACGAGCUGCAGAGGUUGGCUGUCCUCCGCAGCAUCCGCCCGGAUCGAGUAGUCUUCGCCGCCACCUCCUUCAUCGUCAACAACCUCGGGGUGAAGUACGUGGAGCCUCCUCCCUUCGACCUGAACGCCAUCUUCGCUGAGAGCAGCCCCGAGCUGCCUCUCAUCUUCGUCCUCUCUCCUGGGGUGGACCCUGUCAACGCCCUGACCUCUCUCGCCGGCAAUCACUCCAUGACCGACCGGCUCAAAACUCUCGCCCUCGGCCAGGGACAGGCCCCGAUCGCCAACUCGCUGCUGGAGGGCGGGAUCAAGAACGGCCACUGGGUCUUCCUGGCCAACUGCCACCUGAUGCUCUCUUGGAUGAACUCGCUGGAGAAGGUGGUGGAGGGCCUGCGAGACGCUAAGCCGCAUGCUGACUUCCGCCUGUGGCUCUCGAGCUACCCGCACCCCAAGUUCCCCAUCUCCAUCCUACAGGCAGGCACCAAGAUGGUCACGGAGCCUCCCAAGGGCCUCAAGGCCAACAUGAUUCGCCUGUACAACAACCUGAGCGACGCUCAGUUCACGCGAUGUCAGGCGGGGGUGAAGUACCGGCGACUCCUCUUCGCGCUUGUGUUCUUCCAUGGAGUGCUGGUGGAGAGGAAGAAGUUCGGGACUCUGGGCUACAACGUGCCUUACGACUUCAACGAGUCUGACUUCGACAUCAGCGAGGACUGUCUCGCCUACUACCUCGACGCCUACUCGUCCACUCCCUGGGACGCCCUGCGCUACCUGAUAGCAGAGGCCAACUAUGGCGGGAGGGUCACCGACGACUUCGACUUCCGGCUGGUCAGGACGUACGUCAAGAACUUCUUCGUGGACGAGGCCAUCAGCUCCGAGGCCUUCCAGCUAGCUCCUCCUCUUGAGACUUACAGGAUCCCCGACGACGGGCCGAUGAGGACGUACACAGACUUUAUCAAGGGCUUCCCGGUCCUCGACGACCCCCGGGCCUUCGGUCAGCAUCCCAACGCAGACAUCGCAGCGCAGAUCGCUGACACAAACAUCCUCCUCGACACUCUCAGCAGCCUCCAGCCUGCCUCGAGCGGGGCGGGAGGCAGCGACGGGGACGAGAAGGUCCUGCGGUUGGCCGACGAUCUCGCAGAGCAGAUCCCACACCUGCUCGACCUCGAGGCUGUGAAGAAGGCCAAGGCAGACGAUCCCUCGGCUCUCCACGUCUUCCUCUUCCAGGAGAUCGAGCGGUACAACAAGCUCCUGUCCUUCAUCUCCAGAUCUCUCAGUGACGUCAAGAAGGGCAUCAAAGGCUUCGUCGUCAUGUCCAGCGAGCUCGACGAGGUUGUCAGCUGCCUGACUAGCGGCAAAGUCCCUCCGGCAUGGGGCACCUGCUUCCCCUCCCUCAAGCCCCUCGCAUCCUGGAUGCGAGACCUGGGGAUGCGAGUGAGCAACUUGAGGGAGUGGGGGGAGGGCGACUACCCCUCGACCUACUGGCUCUCGGGCUUCAGCUACCCCACUGGCUUCCUCACAGCCAUCCUGCAGACGGCUGCUCGAGCCUCUUCCGUGUCUGUCGACGUGCUUUCCUGGGAGUUCACGGUGCUGUCGCAGGAGGUGAAGGAGCUGACGACGCCGCCCAAGGAAGGAGCGUACAUCCACGGCAUGUUCCUGGAGGGCUGCGGGUGGGACAUGGAGAACAUGUGUCUUGUGGACCAAAAGCCGAUGGAGCUCAUCGUCAGCAUGCCUGUCGUGCACUUCAAGCCGGUGGAGUCCAAGAAGAAGGCCGCCAAGGGCAACUACUCCUGCCCGUGCUACAUGUAUCCGGUACGAACGGGGUCCCGAGAACGCCCCUCCUACACCAUCUCAGUCGACCUCAAGGCUGGAGCGUACGAGGCUGAUCACUGGAUCAAGCGAGGAGCAGCCCUGCUGCUGUCACUCGCGACCUAG